AAUUGAUAGGUGUUUAUUAAUAAAAUUUACGGAGUAAUAUAUUUUGUAUUAACUACUCCAACAAUCUAUAUAAAAAUUAUCAACUUAAUAUGAAACAAAACUAGUAAAAUAUAAGACGUAGAAUUGUAAAAUAAAGCCACCCCUAUUCACAAAAAGAAAAAACAACCAAAAUCCAAAAGACAUCCCACUAGAAGUCUAGAAUCUAUCAUUAAACAUACCAUGGGCCAUGCUCAAGUCAUUAUUAAAACUUCAAAUAACAACACGCUCUCUUAUUGUCAUUUUCAUUACCAAGGAUGAGACACACAUUCUAAAAUUCAAUGCUCAAACAAAAAAAAGUUCAACCAAGAAUAUUUAUAAUUUUAUAUAACUAGUAGUUCAUAAUUAGUGCAAAUUCUUUCUUCUCAUCCCACUAUUUCUCAAAUGAUUUGGCACGUGAACUUCAGAAGCUACUGGAAGUCCAAUUUUGAGCCUCCAUAGUCCACACCACUCAUUUUCUCUUUUCAUAAUUUCUCUCUCUUCUCUCAAUUCAAUUCCUGGUUAUUUUCUGCAAAAUGGGUUUCUUUUCAUUUCGCAAUUUGUGUUUUUUCAUCUUCUUCUGUUGCUCUACCUCUACACUUACAGGAGCAUACGAUCCUCUCGAUCCAAAUGGGAACAUUACCAUCAAGUGGGAUAUCAUAAAUUGGACUCCUGAUGGUUAUGUUGCUGUGGUUACACUCUACAACUUCCAGAAGUACCGCCACAUUCAAGCACCCGGGUGGCAACUUGGAUGGACUUGGGCGAAAAAGGAGGUUAUUUGGAAUAUGUUGGGAGGCCAAGCAACAGAGCAAGGGGACUGUUCAAAAUUUAAGGGCAAUAUUCCACAUUGCUGUAAGAAGGAUCCAACCAUUGUAGACUUGAUGCCUGGGACUCCUUACAACCAGCAAGCUGCUAACUGCUGUAGGGGAGGAGUGCUGAGUUCAUGGGUGCAAGAUCCUCCAACUGCGAUUAGUUCAUUUCAGAUUAGUGUGGGACAAGCAGGCACCACUAACAAAACAGUCAAAGUGCCAAAGAAUUUCACCCUAAAGGCACCUGGACCUGGUUACACUUGUGGACCGGGAAAGAUUGUUAAACCCAGCAAAUUCAAAUCCCAAGAUGGGAGGAGAUCCACUCAAGCUUUAAUGACAUGGAAUGUGACAUGUAUGUAUUCUCAGUUCCUUUCCCAGAAAACUCCCACGUGCUGUGUAUCUCUUUCAUCCUUCUACAACGAUACUAUAAUAUCUUGCCCAACAUGCAGCUGUGGCUGUCAGAACAAUGCCUCCAACCCAGGAAGCUGCGUAGAACCGAACAACCCAUAUUUGGCUUCAGUUGUUUCUCCUGCACAAUCGAACAAAAACAGUAUCUUGCCACCUCUGGUUCAAUGCACUAGCCAUAUGUGUCCAGUUCGGAUUCACUGGCAUGUCAAAACUAACUACAAAGAAUAUUGGCGAGUGAAAGUUACAAUUACAAACUUUAACUAUAGGAUGAAUUACUCAAACUGGAACUUGGUUGUGCAACAUCCUAACUUUGACAAUUUGACCGAAAGUUUCAGCUUCAGUUACCAACCACUAACUCCUUACUCGAGUAUAAAUGAUACUGCUAUGCUAUGGGGAAUUAAGUUCUAUAACGAUUUUCUUAUGCAAGCUGGUCCAUUAGGCAAUGUUCAGUCUGAAUUACUCUUUCAAAAAGACAAGUCUACUUUUACUUUCGAAAAGGGUUGGGCUUUCCCUCGCAGGAUCUACUUCAAUGGUGACAAUUGUGUCAUGCCACCUCCUGAUACCUACCCAUGGUUGCCAAAUGCCAGUCCUCGGCCAUAUAUCUCUCUAUUAACUACAACAUUGACAUUAUUAUCAACCCUGGCAUUCUUAUAUACUCAUGCUUAAGAGUCUUGACCUUUUUCUCGGAGCACGUAGAUAUAACAUGGAAAUUCGGAAUGGAUUUUUAUUUCAAUACUUGGCUUUGAAGACUGAGUGGGAGGCCUGUUGAAGAUCAGCUGCACGAUCACCCUUCAGGGGUGUAGUCUGCUUGCUAUUUGUCUGAUGAUUAGGUUGGUGCAUUCAUUGCCAAUUGGUUUUCAUUCUUUUGUAAUUCUCGGGUUUAUUAAUGUAUUAAUCAUCCUUUUCUGUAUAUUUCUUGUAUUACAAAAAACUUACAGUUGUUACAAAAAUUGCCUACCACACAAUGGAACUUAAUUCUAACUUAUA